UUUCGCAAUUCCAGCCUCGUAUUCAAGCAGCUCUACCGUAUGCUUAAAAUUCUGUGUGACCAACACCAUACUUCUAAGCCUUAGCUUAACGCCACAUUGCUUUAACUCACCUAGUCAAAAUGGCCGAGUCACCAUCCAUUUCUGGCUCCAAUUUCAGGUCUGUGGAUCGAGCUUAUACUGAGAUUGUUGUAGUUCGUCACGGUGAAACAGAGUGGAAUGCUGUUGGAAGAAUUCAGGGACAUCUUGAUGUUGAUUUGAAUGAAGUAGGGAGACAACAAGCAUCUAAGGUGGCUGCUCGACUUUCCAGGGAGCCUAAAAUCUCUGCUGUGUAUUCUUCUGAUUUGAAACGAGCUCUUGAGACAGCAGAAACUAUUGCUGCCUGCUGUGGUGGUCUAGAGGUUAUUAAAGAUGCUAACCUAUGGGAAAGGCAUUUGGGAGAUCUUCAAGGCCUUGUACUACGUGAAGCUGCUAAAGUUAGUCCUAACGCUUACCAGGCCUUUUUAUCCCACAGAACCAAUCAAGUUAUCCCAGGUGGUGGAGAAAGCCUUGAUCAACUUUAUCAACGUAGUACAUCUGCAUUGCAAAGAAUUGCUAGGAAGCAUAGAGGAGAGCGAGUGGUUGUGGUUACUCAUGGAGGUGUCAUAAGGGCAUUAUACAGGCGAGCUUGCCCAAAUAAUAAGCCCGCAGGGAAAGUAUUGAACACAUCGAUUAAUGUUUUUCACUUAUUCGAUGGGGACAAAUGGACUGUUAAAAUUUGGGGUGAUGUUAGCCAUCUUGAUGAGACAGAGUAUCUGGCAUCUGGUUUUGGUGGCGACAGAACUUCUGGUUAGUUUUUUUUCGGUCGGAUGAAGUGCUGCUGAGUGCUUUGCAAUUAAUUCCGUGCUCCAAGUAAAUGAAAUGCAGUAACUAUAAGAUGAGGAAGGACACAUUCUGUCAUUAUGGAAGGUACUAUUUUCUCAUGAUUCUUUACCUAUAUGGCUCUGAUCUGUUCUAACAUUUAUUAACUGAAACAGCAGUAUUUUUUUGGCCUUAAUAAAUGUGAAAGAAUCACCUCGUCUUGAUGUGAGGAUUAUUAAUCUGAAUGGCAAUGGCUUGUAUGGAUUUGAUACAGUCUGAUGAAAUUGAAUUAAUCAUGGUUUUGUGAA